AUAGAAACUACGCUGCCCCCUCCCACUGGACCACCUGCGCACCCAUCACUAGAUCUUAACUUCUUACCUGCGCCGUGCUCGUGGUCCUGCUGCCUCCGCAUGCCCCUUCCCGGAUACCACCCUUUCGACGGUAUAGCGACCCCAGCUAGCCGAUCCAAGUAUCCAGACUGUCAGCCACGCCAUGGGGAAGCGCGACGCCGUGAGAUGUCAUUGAUGGAAUCUGAGCAAGGCUGUCCCACCCAAGACGACAUUGGGAAGCGGAGUCUGGUCGGAGUACAAAACAGCCAUCAUCCCACCUGUAUGUACCAUGAUGUUGAGAUGAUUCAUCCUCUCAGCACAAGAUCGCAAAACCCAAGAUGAAAGUUGCGACUUCUAGUAUCCUUGCCUUUGCGGCCGCUGCGUCUGCACAGGCGCCAUUGUGGGGACAAUGUGGUGGCCAAGGGUGGCCUGGGCCUACGACCUGCGUGGCUGGCUCGGUUUGCACUUACAACAAUCCUUGGCACUCGCAGUGCCUUCCCGGUGCCGCCGUGACAACGGCCGUGUCAAGCUCCCUUACGACCUCUACCCGCUCCGCGUCGGCCUCUUCCGUCCAAGCCACAUCCUCCCGGACCAUUUCGGCAGCACUUCCCCCUAGCACCGGCUUUCCCUCGGUCAGCGGCACCAAAUUCACCAUUGAUGGCGUAGCGAAGUACUACCCCGGCACCAACUGCUACUGGUGUAGCUUCCUGACCAACGCCUCUGAUGUUGACCUUGUUCUCGGUCACCUCAAGACAUCAGGUCUCAAGAUUCUCCGCAUUUGGGGUUUCAACGAUGUCAAUACCGUCCCGCAGUAUGACAAUUGGUUUCAGCACCUGACGGCCUCGGGCUCGACCAUCAACACAGGCGCCAACGGUCUUGGCCGCCUCGACACCGUUGUAGCAUCAGCCGAGAACAACGGCAUCAAGCUCAUCAUCAACUUUGUCAACAACUGGGACGAUUACGGCGGGAUCAAGGCAUACACCAGCGCUUUCGGUGGUGAUCACAAUGGAUGGUACACCAACACGGCGGCCCAAACGCAGUACCGCAAGUACAUCAGCGCUGUUGUCGGCCGGUACAAGAACUCCAGCGCCAUCUUUGCAUGGGAGCUGGCCAACGAGCCCCGCUGCCAGGGCUGCGAUACCUCUGUCAUCUACAACUGGGCCAAGUCGACAUCGGAAUACGUCAAGUCUUUGGACCCCAACCACCUGGUAACGCUCGGCGACGAGGGCAUGGGGCUCCCGGGCGACACAACGUAUCCCUAUCAGUACGGAGAAGGCACUGAUUGGCUGGAGCUGCUCAACAUUUCAACCUUGGACUUUGGAACCUUCCACUUCUACCCCAAUUCAUGGGGGGUUGGCUAUGAUGCCGGCAACAAGUGGGUGACGGACCAUGCCAAGGCAUGCGUUGCUGCGAACAAGCCCUGCUUCUUUGAAGAAUACGGCACACCUGCCAACCACUGCGAGCUGGAGAGACCAUGGCAGCUUACCUCGGUGGCGACCCCUGGCAUGGCUGGCGAUGCCUUUUGGCAACUGGGCGACAUCGUCAGCACCGGGCAGACGCACAACGACGGCAAUACGAUUUACUACGGCACUGAUGAGUGGACGUGCCUGGUGACCGACCACGUCGAAGCCAUCGGCUAGACGGCGUUGCUCGACUCAUAUUGUAGAGGAGGUUCGUUGGGGAGUGAGUGUAUCAAAGUGGAAUAUAUCAUUGAAGACUCGAAAGAAAAAAGGAUUCCCAGCGGAGAAAGUCGACAUUUUUAACCGCCCAAUCAGGGGGUUCGCCCAGUGAAUGUACCCUGUAUUUCGCAGUGAGGGCGGUACGUACCUUACGUACCUAGAUAUACGGAUACCUACCGUAGGUAUCUAGCCUACCUAAGAAUCAUG